AUGGCUCAUUUGGACGAAGCAGCCCACCAGCUGUCCAGAAGUGGGACAACCCUCUAUGCUGUGCUGGAGCUUAAGAAAGGUGCCUCACCGGAAGACAUCAAAAAGGCUUACAGGAAACUGGCCUUAAAGUAUCAUCCAGACAAGAAUCCAGGGGACGCUCAAGCAGCAGAAAUAUUCAAAGAGAUCAACACAGCCCACUCCAUACUGAGUGACCCUAAGAAGCGGAAAAUCUACGACCGGCAUGGUUCAUUGGGAAUAUAUAUAUAUGAUCACUUUGGCGAAGAAGGCGUCACGUACUAUUUUACGAUGAAUAGUUGCUGGUUCAAGACGCUGGUCCUCCUGUGCGCUCUGCUCACCUGCUGCUGCUGCUGUUGCUGCUGCUGCUUCUGCUGCGGAGCGCUUAAGCCACCACCUGAGGAGGUUGCCAGAAGAUACCAGCAGGAUGUACAGAAUCAGCCUCCCAGGGCAGGUGAGAGCCGUAGACAGGGCCUGAGGUGA